UUUACGCAUACUCUGUAGAUUUUUGCAAAAUUUUAGACAGUUUUUUUACAAAAUUUUAACAAUUAUAAUAACGAAAUCGUUCGUUAAUAAUUGAAAUGCAUGCCCUCGACUUUUAUACAUCGAUCUGCCGCAUUGUCAUGCGUGCUGACCCGUCAGUUCCGGAGUCAUGGAGCGAAUUACGAAGUCUGCUUCCGUGUUUAAGACAAUCGCUUGGUUGUUAUGUAUGCUUUAACGUUCUAUACGAGCCUAUGGGUCCAAACCAUAACGUUUGCAAGCAUUUCGUAUGUAAGAAUUGUGUUGGUGGCAAAAUGCGACUAAAACCUUCGUGCAGCUGGUGUAAGGAUCAUUGGUUAUUUGUCCCAAAUCCUCUACUGAAAGUGUUACUCUCCUGCUUCAAAAAACUGUGUACUUACAUUCAUAAUUCCCCUCUAGGUGAGGCAAUUUGCAGUGUGAACAUGAAUGGUGAGACAAACAAUUUGCAGUCAAUACUGUUAGAAGGAAUUAACUUGCUUGAUCAAUGUGCACCAUCAACAACUGAAAUUUCAUUGCAUCCUGAACCUUCUACAUCUGCCGAACAUUCAACUUUGAUCUCUGAUGAUAAGGAAAUCACUAAAGCAACUAAUGAUACAUCUGCGAAUGAUGACAGGGAAGACAUACCGAUGUUCACAUACCACAAACGUGCUAGAAGUAAAAAGAAAGUCAGACAAAGUGUAAAACUGAUUCACAAAGCUAAGCAGCAAAGAAAACAGGGUUCACUGAAUAAAGUGUUAAACAAAAAAGCACAAAAAGGCAAACAGAAAAGAAAAAAGAAUACUUCAGCUUACGGUGUUUUAAAAUCUAAGAAUGGACCCGAGGAAUUAGAUCAAAUUGAUGAUGAUGAACCCUCAGUGAAAAAAGUAAAAAUUGAACUGCAGCCGCCAGAACUGAAACCCCUCAGUGUGUGUAACUGUGGAAAAACAGGAAAUAACAAUCAGUUGACAUGCAUUGGGCAGAGAUGUCCUUGUUACAGUAUGAAGCUCCCUUGCUUAAGAACAUGCAAAUGCAGAGGUUGUAGAAAUCCAAAGAAAGGACCAGAUUUUCAACCAAGCACAUCAUGUAGUUCUGCAGUGCUUCGAUCGGGAACCAGAAGUACUGCAGAAUCUCUAUGCUUAAAUAUGUGAACAUCCAAUCAUCAUUAAAAUAUUGUUAGUUAAUUAUAGAUUAUAUCUGUUUGUGCUAACAUUUGUUUUUAAAUAUUCAUUUUUUGAGUUUAUAUUUUUUUCAUAAAAACAAAUAUAAACAUUACCCCUAAGGACACCCAAUAUCAUGACGGGACACUAGAACCUCAAUAGAAGAUAUUACAUGUAUAUCAUGUCAAGUUAUCACAAUUGUAUAACAGAAAGUUUGAUACCUGUCUUCAGUUAUUCUGGAAAAUAACUUGGAUGUUUUGAAAAAAAUGUUGAAGUUUCAUGGAAAGGUAUAAUAUAAAAAUGUCCUCAAUCACUUCUUGAAAAGCGGCAUAAUACCUCUGAAAAUAAUUACUAUUUUCCACCUAUACUCUUGAAACAUAUCAAAACUAGACAGAAAGUUAGGACUUAGAAUACUAUCUGAUGAUUUUAUUAUGCUUGAAAAUGCUGUAAAGCUUAAAAUGAAUUUUGGACUUAAUUUUCAGUAAAGAAAUUCUUGGAUUUGCACUUUUUUAACUAACUCAAAUAACUUCACAAAACACUAAAUUUUAUGCAUAGACUCCUGAUUUCUUUUUCAUAUUUACAUACAUGUAUGUAUAUUUAACCUUCUAUGAGAAACAUUUUUAAGUACUGUAGUUUAAAAAUUAAAAUAAUUCAUAAUAUAUUAUUAUAUAUGCUUUCCGGUGGUUUGUAGAGAUUUGUCAGUGAAAUAAUUUUUGAUAUUGUAUUUCACUGUUUCAAACUGUGAAAAUGUCACUUAGAUAUUUUUAAACUUAAACCUGCUCUCAGUUCCAAAUCAAACGUCAGGGCACUCAGGGCUGGGACACAAUUUCAACAACAUUAUUUUUGAAAUGACAUAACAUGCUCAUACAAAAUGGCAUGUUUUUCUACGAAAGCGUAAAUAAUUGAAUUAUGAAUCCCUGGUAUCUAUUUUUAUGCCCCCUUUUGAAAAAAGUGGGGUAUAUUGUUUUGCACAUGUCGGUCGGUCGGUCUGUCUGUCUGUCUGUCUGUCUGUCGGUCGGUCGGAAUACCAAAUGGUUUCCGAUCAAUAACUUGAGAACGCUUUGACCGAGGGACCUCAUACUUGGUAUGUGUAUUGGUCAUCACCAGCAGAUGAACCCUAUUGAUUUUGAGGUCAGUGGGUCAAAGGUCAAGGUCAGUGUGACCUUUACAUGAAAAACGGUUUCCGAUCAAUAACUUGAGAACGCUUUGACCCAGGAACCUCAUACUUGGUAUGUGUAUUGGUCAUCACCAGCAGAU